CUCUUUAAAUGCGCUGCACCUGUCGCGUUCCACCUGUCAUUCGGACCGGAGGAGCGGCAGGAGCGGCUGAAGGAGCGCUCAUGGGAGGCAUGUACUCAGUUGAGAAAAUGGCGGGGGUCUUUUCGUACCAAAGUUCAGACAUCGACUGGUGCGAAGACAACUAUCAACAUUCAGAGAACGUCGUAGAGUUUUUCAAUACGGUGAGCAGUUUCUUCUUCUUCAUCGUAUCUCCCAUCAUGCUCUACCUGCUGCAUCCUUACGCCAAAGAGAGGAACCUCGCUGUGCACAUGGUCUGGGUCAUGAUGAUAUUUGUAGGCCUGUUUUCUGCAUAUUUCCACAUGACCCUGAGUUUUGUGGGUCAAAUGCUCGAUGAGUUGUCCAUUCUGUGGGUGAUCGCCGUGGGUUACUCUCUCUGGUUUCCUCGUAAACUCUUCCCGUCAUUCAUAAAAGACAGGUCCACCUUCUCUAAACUGGUGCUGAUCAUGACAGUUAUCACGUCUCUGGUGUCUUUUGUCAAACCCACGGCCAACGCUUACGCCCUCAACUGUUUCGGGCUGCACUUCCUCUACACUCUGACCAUAGAGAUGAGAUGCUGCACAGAUCAGAGGGCCCUGCGUCUGGCCAAACUCUCUGUGGGGCUCUGGGUUUUGGCCAUCUCCUGUUGGAUCAGCGACAGGUUCGGCUGCAGCUUCUGGCAAAAGAUGAACUUCUGUUACCUGCACAGUCUCUGGCACAUUUUCAUCGUGAUCGCAGUGGCGUACGGCAGCACUCUCAUAGCCUAUCUGGACGCUAACAAUGAGAUCCCGUAUUCUCUGCCCGGGCUCCAGUAUUGGCCCUGUGACCAGUGGCCCGUGGGUUUACCUCACAUCGUGCUCAAAGGCACCACAAAAACACGCAAAAGAUGUUAAUCAUGUUUAAAUAUGUAAAUAACUUUUUCUAUAAUGAAAACAUUUCUAUAGCCAUGUUUUUAUCAAUUGUGUUCACGUGACUUCAAAACAUUGUAGAAUUUUUUUAAGUUAAAAUGGAGCUGGCCUGGUCAAAAUUCUAUGGUGGAAUUUGCUGUUUAAGUGUCAGAUUGCAGAUUUGUUGACCUGGUUUAUGGUUCAUAUCUCUGUAAUUACUGGGCCUUUUCACAUGAAACAAAAACUGUCAGUAUAAAUAAACAAAAGUGACAUUUUUUUUCACUAUACGUUGGUGGUGCUAUUAUUCAAGCACAAAGAUGGAGUGGUGGAAGACACUAUUUUGUUAUAUUGGAGCAAAAAGAAACCCCAAAACCUCAGGAUAAAGUAUCACAUAAAAAAAUCUACUGAAGUAAAAGUAUUAAAGCACCCCUUUGAAAAUGUAAAAACUAAAAAUAUUUCUAGAAACGUGAACACAACCUAUUGGCCUUUGUUACUACAGAAAGUCCAAAAAUAUCAGUGUUUUUUUAAGAUUUUUUAACUUUACAUUUGGUCCUAAUAGAUUUAAAGGUGCACUAUGUAACUUUUUGGUUGGGAGUCUAUCACCUGCUUGGAGAUGUCAUUGCUUUACUUGAAAUGUUUCAAAGUAUGACAUUAAAGGUUCUACCUUACAUUUAUUCAAUUACAGGUGGUGUUAUACCUCAAAAAUAGCUAGAAAAACAGACUGUGAGUGGGGUCGCCUCUCCAUAGUUCUGACCUGUAACUUGGUCUGGUUUGGUCUCCAUGUUUAAUGCCAUAGUGUGAAACAUUCAAGACAAAGCAAUAGCAUCUCCAUGGAGAAAAGCAGAUGACAGGUGACGGCCCUUACACCAGAAAGGUUACACCCUGCACCUUUAAAUGAGACCUGUCCUGCUUUCACUCAUGAUGUCUGUUGCUGACAUGACUAUAACUCUAUUUAUUUAUUUAUUUUAUUAAUCAAACCUUAAUUAAUUUAUGGAUUCAUUAGCAGUUACAAUGUCAGACCAGCAAAACACGUUUAAACAUUCACAAUUGCAGAGGAGCUGCAAACGACUAUUCUUUGUUUUCAGCUUCUUGUUUAUAGGCGCCAUUUUGAGGACUUUUCACCAUUCAAAAGAUUUAGUUUUGAAUUCUUAAUUGCUAUGGUAACAGUGCUAACCCUGAACCCCAUAGACAUGUUGUGAAAUUAUAUGGAAAAACAAGUAACUAAACUUCUUUUAGGCGAAGAUCUGAAAGGUGCACUGUGUAACUUUUUUUCAUUUGAUUGUCUCCAUGGAGAUGUUACUGCUUUGCCUGGGAUGUUCCACAGUACAGCAUUAAACGUCCUCUAACUUCAUGACAAGAAGAGAAGCAGGUGACACCACAGGGUUUAGCAAUAAAAAACACCUUGCAUAAAGACUGUAUAGACACGUUUAAUGCUAUUGCCAUACUGUGGAACAUUCCAGAAAACGCCAUAACAUCUCCAUGGAGACAAGCAAAUGGCUAACAACCACCAGAAAAGUUACAUAGUGCACCUGUAAGUCUAAAAAGUAACAAAUAAUGUAAAUAGAUAUAUAGAAUAAGAAGAAAUCAUUGUAUAGAAGAGUCCAGUAGCACUUGUGUAUUUGCAUGUGUAGAACUGAGCUUAGUGACUGUUGACUUUAGAACGACUGACGAACCAAAGCCACUAAUGUUAAUACAGUUUGUGCCUUUGUUUACACGCACACCAGAAAUCUGAUCAUUAUCUGAUUUUUGGCUUUGUCAGAUAAUGAGAUAAAUCACUUUUAAAGGUCCUAUAUUACACAAAAUUGACUCUUGUGAGCUUUAAACCAUGUUGUAAUGUUGUUACCUCGUCAAAAACAGACCUGGAGUCAGUGGCGGAGUUAGCAAUUUGGGGGGCCCUAGGCGAACUUGAGUUUGGGGCUCUCACUAUAAUGCACUGUAUAUUUUUUUGUUUUUUUGUUUGUUUUUUUGGUUUUUUAAUAUAUUUGUUGUCUGUUUUUCCCCAUCUAGCCUACUAGAUAACCAGAACUGAAAGUAGUUUUAUUUUUUUGCUAGUACAAUUACAUUUUAGUUUACAUCCAUUACAUAUGAUUAUUAUUACUUUUCUUAUGAUUAUUGUUUCAAAGUAAACUCCUCUCAUUUAAUGUCAUAUUGAGAGAAAGUCAAAUUGCUCUGAGGCCUCAGCCAUUAGUGGCGCUGAGGGCAAAUUGUUUUCAGGUUUCGAGGGCCUAGGCAGCCACCUACGUUUGUCUAAUGGUAGCGCCACCUCUCUGCUCUGUUCCACUUUGUGAUGUCAUGAAGCAGUAAUAUUCAUGUUAACAGCUCCUUUUUACCUUUAGUUCAGUAGAGAUGGGCACUUCCAGAUCUGAAAUCAUCCAAAUGAUUGUAGUGACGGUGGAAUUUAAAAACACAAUGGAGCACUUCCUGUAUUACCACAAGACAUCACCAGGUUUUCUGUUUGAAAGAAGAACCCAGCUUAAACAGGCAGGGUUUGUGUGUUAAACAUGUGAAUGCAAUAGAACACAACUCCAGGUCUGUUCUGGAUGAAGAAACAGCAUUAUAACAUAGAUCAGAAAAUAGUGUAAUAUGAGCUUUUUAAACAGCAACAUCUCUUUCUGAAACCUGUUUGUUAACUGUAGGUAAAAAAAAAAAAUAUUCAGAAAUGUACUUUGUCAGAUUUCUGGUGUACCCUUUUAGUGGAGGGUCCCCCAUCUGCUUGUCUCCGUAGAGAUAGUUUUGCUUUCCCUGAAAUGUUCCACAGUUUACAUUAGGCACAUUUAUCUCCAUGGGUAUAAAAGAUUUUUGAGCAGUGAAAACAGCUGUAAUGAAAUAUGGAUAGGUUCUUUUAAUACUAUACUGUGAAACAUUUCAGGCAUAGCAAUGACAUUUCCAUGGACACAAGCAGUUGGUUGGUCCUUCAAUGGAAAAGUUACACAAUGUAGCUUUAAACACACACCAAUAUUCAGAUUUAUUUAUUGAGUUAUCAGGCCACAUUAACAUUUCCACUGUACUUGUAGUGCAAUGUUAUAGGCUAGGUGUUUGUGUGUAGAUAUUAUGAUGAAUUUUACAGUUUAUUCUUAAUGACUGUAAUUAAUACGACCUACUUUAGUAUAGGAACACAUUUUUAUAAUCUUGUUACUGACUAAUCCGUUAAACGCCCCUGUAUUUAAGGUCCCAAUAUUUGUACUUCUUUGAGAAAAUUCACAUAGGUUUUGUGUCUGUUCACUCGAUUUUUCCUGAAGGAUGCACAAUAGUCAAAACAAUAGAUUUCAUACAAGGAAGCAUGUGGCAGUUAACUGAACAACAGCGCCCUCUUGUGUUCUGUAGAGAGACGUGACUUUAGAUAGGUGUCUGAUAUGUUCCAAUACAAUACAUAUUUGACCAAAAAGUGCGUUUGGGUUACAGAUUUAAUUUUGUUUUUCUUUCCUGAUACCUGAUUUUGGUCCUGAUUUCAACCCAGUCUAGUCGUUACCUAGACUUGGUUUGGUCCUGUUCUAGUCCUGGUUUAGUCCUAGUCUAGUCCUGGUUUAGUUCUGGGUUUAGUCCCAGUUUUGAAUAUUGUGUGUUUGAAUGUGUGAAUGCAUGUUGCUGAUGUUGAAUUUAGUUAGAUAUGCAGUCGUUAUAUUUAAAUUGCUUCCUUAUAUUGAAUUUUCUGUUUAAUUUGUUCAUCUGUUUUAUAAUAAUAUAUUUCCAUCGGGAUUAAUAAUGUGAUAUCUAUAUUAGUAUUUUGUAAACUGACAUUUACUAAAAUAAAAGCAUGUUUUUAUUUAA